UCUUCUGACGAGCUACUGACUAAGGAAGUGGCCUUUUACUGAUUUCUUUUUUAAUUGUGAUUUUGUGGCGUUAGACGGGUUAAUUGUAUCUUUUUAACAGUUUUGAUCGCGCAUGUUUAAUUGCAUCGUUCCUUUGAUUUCUAUUGAACUGUAUAUCGAUUAUUAUCCGUCGCAGCCGGUCAGUCACGAUGACAGUCACUGUGAUCAUCUGUAACUAAUGAAUGAACCGAAAACAUCUGACCUAUUAUACCACAAACUGGCAUUUUUAACUGUAGCCACUGUUAGUGUAUGGAUAUUGGACGUACUUGAACAAAGAUCCCGGAAGAAUCGAAGAUAAAUUGUUUAAUUUGACGCUAUUUAGCAGAUCGCAACCGGUCGCUCGCGAUAUAACCCUUUGAAUACAUGUGCUAUAGAGGACAAGCGAUAAAGUAAUAUAAAAUAAAACUAUACACUCUCCAUCGACAUGGAUUACAUGCACACGGCCAGAUCAGUGGAAGAUCGUCUCUUGAGCUACAGAAAAGACGAGUCCGGAUGGAAAACAUGCAAGAAAACUAAUGAUGUUGUGGUGUGUUGGAGACCCUCUUGUGAAUUCGCGGGAUAUGUGUAUAAAGGGGAGGGGAUUGUUAAUGGCAGUCCAGAGAAAGUGUGGGACUGCUUGAAACCUGAAAUCAAUGGACUACGUGUGAAAUGGGAUGCUAAUAUAAAAAAGUUUGAGCUGCUUGAGCAAGUGUCUUCGGAUGUUUCGAUCUGUCGAACAGUCACGCCUUCGGCUGCUAUGGGUAUUAUAUCACCUCGAGACUUUGUUGAUGUUAUUUCCGUUAAACGCUAUGAGGAUGGCACAGUUUCAUCAAAUGCUACCAAUGUAAGCCAUCCAAACUGUCCUCCUCAACCUGGCUACGUCAGAGGCUUCAACCAUCCGUGUGGCUGUUUUUGUGUUCCUGUUCCUGGGGAACCAGGCAAAACGCAGCUGUUCAGCUUUUUCCAGACUGAUCUUGGAGGUUUGCUUCCUCGUUCGGUUGUCGAUUCAUUUUUCCCCACUAGUAUGGUGGAGUUUUACAGCAACCUGACCAAAGCUGUAAAAUCGCUGAAAUAGCACCAAUGGCACUUUAUAGAUAAUACCCCCCUUUAAUCUUAAAUGUGAAUAUUUUAAUAAUUUGACGCACUUAAUUGCAUCUAAUCAAGCUUUAGUGGAAAGUGAAUUUACUUUUAGAUUUAUUCCUGAUUCUUCCAAUAGCUACACAUGUCCAAACACACUUGCACAUAGACCGUUUUAUACAGAGUUAAGAGUACUGGAACAUUUUGUUUGACGUAUUAUUUCAGAAAUUCUGAAAACUUGAUUCAAGCGAUAAACUAUUGCACAAAAAAAUUAUACAUUUAUGCAUUUGGCAGAUGCUCUUACAGGGUUUCUGCAGAUCUUAGUCUUAAUUCACUUUUACACAAAUUAAGGUCUUAAAAAGGCCCUAAAUGGGUGCAGAAAGUUUAUAAAUUCAUGAAGUUACGGUAUUACAUAUUGCAUGCACUGCAAAAACUGAAUAUUUUCCUCAGUAUUUUUGUCUUGAUAUUUUGGCGGAUCAAAUACCUGAACAUUCUUAAUCAAGAUACAUUUACUGGAGAUGCAAAAUAUGAAGUCUGAAACUGAACUAAAUUAAGUGAGUUUAUGAAUAAAACAAGAACAAAUUCUUGUCAGUGAGGUCUGAAAUGGGGUCUUUUUUUGAGCACUUUGACAAAUUUUUGUUCUUGUUUUAUUCAUAAACUCCAUUUUGAUACAUUUCUCAGAAACGUCAUUUUGCUUCUUGAUUUAAACAUUUUUUUAGAAGCUUGCACCACAAAACAAGACAAACUAACCGAGGAAGAACAUCUCUUUUUUGCAGUGUGAUCAGAAGUUACAAUAAAAGUUAUUUCCAUAUUCUCGGUUGGGAGCAGAGGUAUUUAAGCCAUACGCUAUUUUUAGUAAAAUGUAUUAUAAAGUAAAAGAGUUUUGUUGGAAGUUUCAAACUUGCUAAUACAACCCAUUGUCCCUAGACAUUCACAUUUAAAGAACAUGUGUUGCCUUCACUCUAUUUCAUAAAUUUUCUUUACAUUGUCGUAAAAUGACUUCAUAAAAACCCGCAGAAACCCUGUUUUAUCCAAAGCCACUGAAAGUGCAUUCAAAUGACAUUUUAUCAGUCUGUUUGUUUCAUGGGAAUUGAACACAUAGUGUUGGUGCAUCAUUCCAUCAGGGUUUUUAUUUUUUUUAACCACAGUUCAGCAGUAUGAUCCCAUAAUGUAGCAUGAUAAUAGAUUUAGAUCAUUUUCAUUCAUUUAGGGCAUUGUUAACUUUUUUGGACUUUACAGCUCUAUUUUAAAAGGUAGUGAGCUGCCUUGCCAUCUGCCAAGUUCUUUGGAGCUCCCUACAUAGGCAACACAAAUAAUGCUCCUCACAUGAAGCAUAAGGGACUCGACUCAUGAUUGAUGUACACAGAGUUUGGCAUGAACAUGUAUCAUGACGGUGCUUUAGAAUGAGGUUCUUAGAAGGCAACCUAAGGUUGCUGCUUCUGUGUCAGGAGUAUGUGUUUGAUGUCUGGCCUGAACAGGCAGUUCACUCAUUUUUGGAACAGAGUUUUAUUUUAAUAAGCUGUUUUUAGAAUUUCAGGUACAUAUUUGAGGACAGUUCUCUUAGAUUGGAGAUUAGAUUUUUAUUUGAGUAAUAGAGCUCUUGAUAGAUGCUCAAGCUUGACCCUUAUACACAAGUCUGGGUGUUAAUUAUGUUGAAGUAUUUCUAUAUUUGAAUAGUGAUAUUUUAGCGCAUAAAUGGCUUUGGCAAAUCAAUGUUUACUGACAGACAUAUCUUCAGACAAAUUUGAAGAAUUGCAUUUGCUGCUGUUCUCGGUUAACACAACUGAGUUUAUGUACUGUAUUUUUGAGACUGACAAAAAAAAAAGGCCAGAAUAAUCAUGACAGAAUUAUGAUGAGGGAUAUUAGAUAUAAUGAUAAAAGAAUGGCCCACAGGCUCAAGGUUUAGCUGGUUAGCAUGACCCCAGUGGCACCCUGCUGGUGAUUAUGUAACCAGUCUAAAGCAUUUUUCUCCACUGAUGGCCAAUCAAAAGUAUCCUUGUGUUUGUGUAUACAUGUAUCCACAUCCACUAGAUCCUUUGCCAGCCAGACCAGCAAUUGCCAUUAAGAUGAAUGGGAAUUCUAAUAGAACAGGGAGUUGAGUGGAGUCCUGUGUGGAAUCAGAGUAAUUAAGAAUGACCGCAAUUCCAAUUUUUUUUUUAGUUCCUGAGUUUGAAUUGAGGUAGAGAACAGGAUGCAGAGUUUGAAUUAGAAUUUACUGAAUUUAUGUUGAAUUAAACAAGUGACUGAAUGAGAUUUAAAGAAAUCAUCUGAAAUAUAGUAUAUAAUAUACUUAACUCAAUGAGUUAAUCAUUUGAUGAACCAUGGUGGAAGAAAGUCAAAAGGGAUUGUCUACUGAACAAUUGUGUCGUCAUUUACUCACCCUCAAGUUGUUGCUGAAGACAAAAUAUAUUUAGAAGAAUGUGGGUAAACAAAGUAUUGCCUUUGACUUCCAUAGUGUGAAAAAAAAAAAAUUGAAGUCAAUGGCUACCAGCAACUAUUUGGUUCAGACUCAUACAGGCUUGGUGUAAACUCUCCCUUUAAUUUCCCAAAAUGCUGUAAUUUUCCCCAAAGUCUAAAUGAUUGUGUUAGACUAAUUCCUCUGUUGUUUGAUUAUGUUGAACAUAUUUGAAUUUCAAUCGAGUCAAAUCUCAUUUCAAAUUCUAUUCCAAUUUUGCAUCCUGUGGGGCCCGGCCAUUUCAGUUCAUAUUUACAUGCAUGAAUUAAAAGGGAGUGCAUUUUUAAAUUGACAGUGUUGCCCAACCCUUUUAAAACAUUUCAAAAAUAUGGAAAUUAAAAAAAAAAUUCCAUAGACAUAGUAGAAAUGAAUCCAAUUUUGGCCUUCUUUCUCUGCUUGUAAUCCGUCUUAAUCGCACAUGGACAAAGGGACUGUUUAAUAUAUCACUGAUAUGACUGACCUCAGAGAGAACCCAGUUUGUUGUGUGACUUUUUGAUCUCUUUAAUUACCGUUUGCCCGUUUGUGUCUAACUGCACGAUUGUCCUCCUGACAUGCGUCUCAACCAGUAUGUACUUUGUAUUUUUAUGCCUGUAUGCCGUCAGUUAAAUUACUGUGAACGCAUGCUCAUGGCCUGGAGAUGUGUGCUUUUUUAAUUUUUUUUUUUAGAUACUGUAAAUGAGCAGUAUGCUCUAGUGCAUUUCAGGAUUAUUUUGAGUGUAGAUUUUACAUCCGUUUUGCAAGGAGUGUGUGCUUGCCUUCAGUAGUAUUGUGCAAAGUCCUCUGUAUAUUUUAAUAAUACACACAAAUUUACAUUCCAAAAGCAGUGUAUACAGUUUGUCAAUUCUGUCAAGUGAGUUUUUGGUUAUUCAAGAUUUUAAAUUUUCUUGAAGUCAACAUGAAAAGUCAUUCGCAAUCAUUUUAUUUCUGUAAACUGAUGUAUUUCGAAUAAAACAUUGCUGGUACUUGAUUUUAUCCUCCUGGAAUUGAUUGGAUCGUGAAAAGUGGGCGGUACAAACCAGAAUGGAGGCAGAUGAUUGGAUGGGAGAAGUUGAACAGUAUGAGUGAUUCGUAAUGUGCGAAGCAAGCCAGUAUAUUUUCGUAGUACAUAAUUUUUAAUAACAUGCAGUGAUGGACCUAGAAAUAUGCUUUGAAAUCAGGUAAUUUCUCAUUUCAUGUUGACUUCAAAUGUGUUUUUAGUCUGUUUUUGCUCAAUGCAGUUUAUUACAUGUCCACCUGCCAUU